AGUGGGAGUUAUGGGCAUCUUUGGGACAUUUGGACUUCCAAAAGCAGUUUAGCUCUCUUGAGUCUUCCUGCAGUGGACGCAUGCAGUCAGCAGGAUGUACUUGCUUUGGGUGUGGAUGCUUUUGGGGAUAACCGGCGCUUAUGGUUCAAAUGUGUGCACCUCCAGAGGGGCCAGCACAUGUAAGCAGUGUCUCGCUGUGCACCCCAGCUGUGCAUGGUGCGUCCAAGAGGAUUUCGGUCAAGGCGAGGCCAGCUCGUCCCGCUGCGACCUGAAAACCAACCUUAUAGCGGCAGGCUGCGCAGCAGUGGAGUCCCCACACAGCAGAAUGCAGGUGAUAGAGGACCGACCACUCAGCAAGAAGGCUGCGGGGGCCACGCAGGAUGUGACCCAGAUCAAACCCCAGAAGCUCCACAUCACCCUCAGACCUGAUGACGCCAAGCGCUUCACGGUAAAGGUGCGGCAGGUGGAGGACUACCCCGUGGACCUUUACUACCUCAUGGACCUGUCCUACUCCAUGAAUGAUGACUUGUAUCGUCUGAGGACGCUGGGGAGGGGCUUGGCCGAGGCCAUGAAUCGCGCCACCAGCAACCUUCGCAUGGGCUUUGGGGCCUUUGUUGACAAACCGCUGUCCCCUUACAUGUACAUCUCCCCCAAGGAGGCUGUCAAGAACCCUUGCUACAGCAUCAAUACCACCUGCUUGCCCCAGUUCGGCUACAAACACGUUCUGUCUUUAACGGAGAAAGUGAGCCGCUUCACAGAGGAAGUGAGGAAGCAGAUGGUAUCCAGGAACCGAGAUGCACCCGAAGGAGGUUUCGACGCCAUCAUCCAGGCCGCCGUCUGCAAGGAGCAGAUCGGCUGGCGUCCCGGCGCGUCGCAUCUCCUCAUCUUCACCUCAGAUGCUAAGACGCACGUGGCGCUGGAUGGUCGCCUUGCCGGGAUUGUGCAGCCCAAUGAUGGACAGUGCCACCUCAACUCAGACAACCUGUACAGCAUGUCUACCACCAUGGAUUACCCAUCACUCGCUCUCAUCACGGAGAAGAUGUCAGAGAACAACAUCAACCUCAUCUUUGCUGUCACCAACCCUGUGGUUCCUUUGUACCAGAACUACAGUGAGCUGAUUCCCGGUACCACUGUGGGAACACUGUCCAAUGACUCUGGCAAUGUCAUUCAGCUCAUAUUGAAGGCCUAUGCUAAAAUCCGCUCCAAGGUAGAGCUGGAGCUUUUGGGCGUCCCGGAGGAGCUGUCGCUCUCUUUUAACGCCACAUGUUUGAAUGGAGAAGUCAUCCCAGGCCUCAAGUCUUGCUCGGGUCUCAAGAUUGGAGACACGGUGUCUUUCAGCGUAGAGGCCCGAGCUCGAUCCUGCCCCAAACAGAAGAAGAAGACCUUUAUCAUCAAGCCAGUGGGCUUCAAGGACUCGCUCUCCAUCACUGUCACCUUCGAGUGCGACUGCAAGUGCCAGAACAGAGCGCAGGCCGCCAGCCCCAAGUGUCACUACGGCAACGGCACCUUUGAGUGCGGCAUCUGCAUGUGCCACCCGGGUCGCUUGGGGCCACACUGCGAGUGUGCCGAGGGCGACUACGACCCCGCAGAGCAGGGCCGUUGCACGGAGUCCCGGGAUAGGUCUCGGGGUAUAUGCAGCGGGCGCGGGGACUGCGUGUGCGGUCAGUGUGUGUGCCACAGCAGUGACUUUGGCAAAGUGUGGGGGAAGCUGUGUGAGUGCGACGACUUCAACUGCCUUCGAGACAAGGGCGAAAUCUGUUCUGGCCACGGCGUCUGCGACUGUGGCUUCUGCCAGUGCGCCCCUGACUGGCAGGGGGAGAACUGCAACUGCUCCACGCGUACCGACACCUGUAUGUCCCACUUGGGCCUGCUGUGCAGUGGGAGGGGCCAGUGCGUGUGCGGCUCUUGCGAGUGUACACAGCCCGGGGCCUACGGGGCCACCUGCGACAAAUGCCCCACGUGCCCUGACGCAUGCACCAUGAAAAAGGAGUGUGUGGAGUGUAAACAUUUCAAGAGAGGCAAGCUGUUUGAAGAUAACACCUGUGCUCGCAUCUGCAAGGAUGAGAUUGUGCUUGUGGAUGAAUUAGUGUUCCAUGAUACAAACGCCGUAAACUGCACUUACAAGGAUGAGGACGAUUGCCUGGAGCGCUUCCAGUACUAUGAGGAUGCCAGCGGCAAGUCUAUCUUGUUUGUCGUCAAGGAGCCAGACUGCCCCAAGGGUCCAGACGUCUUGGUGGUGCUGCUCUCGGUGGCAGGGGCCAUCUUGUUCCUGGGCUUAGCGGCCCUGCUCAUCUGGAAACUGUUGGUGACCAUUCACGACAGGCGGGAGUUUGCCAAAUUUGAGGAAGAGCGCGCUCGGGCCAAGUGGGACACGGGACACAAUCCUCUCUACAAAGGGGCCACCUCCACCUUCACAAACAUCACAUACAGAGGAAAAGACUGACUGGGUGAAACAGACUUUCUCUGUGGGGGGAAAAAUAGCAUAGAAUCAUGUGCAGGUCUCUACUGUCACAAAGGAAAUAAAUAAUUAUUAUUGUUUGUAAAUAUGUAGAAAUUAUUGUGUUUUAAUCAGGGAUUUGGCACAAAAUAUAAUAAAGGUUGUGUCCGCUGUAGGUACGCUACUACCAUCUCCUGGGCGUAAAACUGCAUCUGCAAUGAUAACUGUUAAUUGGUGUUAAUUGGUGAGUAAAUAUGUCAAUGUUAGGAGUUAAUUAAUUGAUAGUUUCUUGGCAAAAAGAAAAAAAUCAAAUAAUUCUAGAGGCAGCUGAGUGUUUUUUUUAAAUAAUUUAUUGUAUACUUUUUCUUAAAAGUUUCUCCCAUGUAAUGUAAUACAAAUGUAAUCAAAUUAAAAUUAAGUUUGAAUAAAUUUAGCGUAAACUCUGAUUAGCUGCUUACAAUUUACAAUUUUUUAAAUGACCCUGUUUUUAUCAACCAUUCCACCUCUGGGAUUUACUAGACCAUUCCAGGAUGUCACUGAGGAAGUUUCAUUCACAUCUGAUGCAGCAUUUCUAAAUAAAUCCAUCUGAAAUGUGCAUAUGUGAUUAUUUUACGUCUGAUUUCAGACAGAAAUUUUAAAAAUACCAUGUUAUCAUUCAACCAUUCCACCUCUGGGAUUUACUAGACCAGGGUUCGGGAACCUUUUUGGCCAAGAGAGCCAUGAAAGCGACAUAUUUUAAAAUGUAUUUCUCUCAGAGCCAUAUAUUUUUUAACAUUGAAUACAACUAAAUGUGUGCAUUUUUAAGCAAGACCAUCAAUUUUAGAAUGUAAUAAGUCUCUGAAUUUAUUCUCGUUAUCGUGAAGGUAACCAAUAAUACAUAAAAUACUUCUUAAUGCGACUUGUGGUGCUGCUUGGUUUUGCACCGUACUCCGUAUGUUUCUUUCCUUUCGCCAUCUUCUUCAUCAAAAGGGUUGGCUCUACAGAAUUAGCUGGCUGACUAUUUGAUUAAAGGAGGGUAGUUCACUUCUUGACCUCUCAAUGACCCGUGUAGGCUACCUCAUUAUCCAAUAGUAAUCGUGUUUUGGUGUCUUACUCAGAAAAUAUCGGAAGGACAGCUGCCAUUGGCUCUGGCCACUGUGGUAGAAAAUGGAUGGAUGGAUUAAAAUGCACAAGAAAGUUUUAUAUUUUGGACAUUAUUUUUAACACUGAUUUCUGUAAUGUUUUACUUUAAAAUGUCAAUGAAAAUAGAAAUUAAAAUAAAUACAUUUUAUUGUUUUAAGAAAUGUCCGAGAGCCAGAUGCAGUCAUCGAAAGAGCCGCAUCUGGCUACCCCUGUACUAGACCAU